CAUGAUGUACCAAGUCAUCUCAGUCCCGGCGACCACAGCUGUUGUACGUUCUAUUUUAGUGUACGCACUCCGCGGUCGAUCCUGACAACAACGUCACAUGCUUAGUCGUGACAAAAUGCUGUUGUAACAUGCAGACACUGUGAUCGAGCCGUUUAAUAAUAUUAAUAAUUUAUUAAUUGUAAAAAAGUUCAAAACUUCAGUCACUGGUGUCCGGUCUUGUUUCCGGGUACAUGAGCGGUCCGGCCGCAGGAACUUCGUGAAUGGCACAUCGCCAUGGGUAACUCCCAUUCUUCGCUCGGUAAACACAAACUACACGACACACCUUACAAACAUUUAUUGCCUGAUCAUUACAUUCCCGGUCCACCCACACCUCCCGGAAAACCGUAUUUGGUAGUAGAUUCAUCAGCACAAGAGCCAGACGUGGUCACGGUUCGUUGGAAACCACCAGAAUUUGAUGGAGGAUAUAAAAUUUCAGGUUAUAUUGUUGAACAUCGACGGACUACUUCGCCACAUUGGGUAAAAGCUACACCAUCAAAAGUAUCACUAACCCAACUAACCUUAGGUGGACUUGAACCAGGAUGGCGUUAUCAGUUCAGAGUAAAAGCUGCAAACUCUCGUGGAUUUUCAUCCCCAAGUGUAAUAUCAGAUCCUGUGACGAUAACACUUAACAGAACAGCUGUUGUAGCUCCGGUGUUUGUCGUCAGUAUUGAAGAUCGCGUAGCUUUAGAGAAUGAACAAGUAAAAUUUGAAGUGGAAUUUGUGGGUACACCUGCUCCUAAAAUAAGUUGGUAUAAAGAUGGUUUAGAACUUUUUAGCAAUAGACGACAAAGAGUUAAUACUGAAGAUGGUAUUAGUACACUUUAUAUUCACCAGGCCGAGUAUUCCGAUGAAGGCGAAAUAAAAUGUACGGCUACAAAUAGAGCUGGUCAUGCUGUAACUAAAGCUAGACUGCGACUUGAAGCACCUCCAAUGGUGCGAUUACCACAAGAUUACGAAGAAGGUUUACUGCUUGAACAAAAUGAACCUAUGAGAUUAAAGGUUUCAGUUGCAGGACGUCCUUUACCACAAAUUACUUGGCUGCACGACGGCGAAGAGAUACGAGGUGGUGAAAGAUAUGAAGUAAUUCACACAGAUAAAUUCGCUGCAUUAAAAUUGGCUGCUGUUAAAAGAUCAGAUCGAGGUUGUUACCAGGUACACGCGGUGAAUCCUAUUGGAGAACAUACUGCUUCGUUUUUAGUUACAGUGACAGAUAGACCAUCACCACCUGGUAAAGUACAAGUUUCUAAAACUACUGGAAAAUUGGUAUCGCUCUCCUGGAAACCUCCAGAAGAUGACGGUGGAUGUAAAAUUGGAAGUUACAUAGUAGAAUAUAACAGAGUUGGAUGGGAUAUGUGGUUAAAAGCAGCUACUAGCAGACAGCUUAAAAUUGUUUUAGAUGAUUUAUUGGAAGGUUCAGAGUAUACUUUUCGAGUGAAAGCAGAAAAUCCAUAUGGUAUUAGUUUACCUAGCGAAGUAUCUGAAGCAGUAUUUUUACCUGACAUUAGAAAAGGUGUUUAUAAUCCAAUAAAUAGUGCAACACUGUUAUCCGAGGAUGAAGAGAAACUCGUAAAAAUUAAAGAAACAGAAAUGUUUGAACAUUUUGGUCGUAAAUCAAAAUCACCAGAACCAUUUUUAAAACCAAGAAAAUUGAGUGUUGAUGAAGUAUCACCCCCAGUACCAACGAGGAAGAAGAAAAAGCGUUGGACCGACACAAGUAGUGCUGGAACAUGCGAGUCAUUGUCUUCCAUAUCUUCAGAUUUAUCAUUUGAAGCGUGGCAAAAACCCAUUGAAGAAAAAGAUCAUUGGGGCUUGUCACCAAUGUUAAAUGCGGAUGGUGUUAAAAUAAGUUCUGGUAGCCUGCCAAAUCCCCAGACGUCUUUGAAUUACAAAGCAAAAGGAAAUUCAAACAAUUCACUUUUAACAAAUUUUGAUCAUGGCACCGUACCUCCAAUGUCGCUUUCUUCUCCUGAGCUCGGUGCAGAACUUGAUGAUUUUGAGGAGCACAUAAGAAAUUCAUUCAGUUCAAGUGAACUUCUUUAUGAACGCAACUUAAACAGGUUUAAUGACUAUAAUAAUGAGGAAAAUCCUUCAUCAGAAGCUCAUAAAAUAUCACUUUACAAUAUGGAUAGAAAAAAUAAUUUACUAAAACUACCGGUGGCUAGAUCAUCAUUAGAAGAAAUAGAAGAAAAAUCCAUUUUAAGUGAUUCAGGUUCUAUACAAACUGUUAUUGAUAAAGUGAAAACUUCUAAGUCUAGUAGCAUUUUGUCAUUAGCGAAUAAUUUGGAAGAUGAAACUGAGGAUAUUAAUGAGAAAUCAUCUUAUUCGUUAUCUAAUUUGUCAUUGGAAGCCAUUAGUAGAUCUACUAGUGAUAUAAAUAAGCAUUUUAUAUAUUCUUCCUCUUCAGAAUCAGAAAGUGGUGAUGAAUGUAUUGUAAAGUUUGGGAGCGGAAAAAGAGCAUUAGAUCAUAAUACUUCUAGUAUUUUCUUUUCUACAAUUUUCGAUGAUGACUAUUUAUCUGAUCACAAAUCCGAUAGAGAAUUAAUAGUUUCACCCACCAAAGACGUUGAUAAGGCUGAACAAAUUUCAUUAGAUUCUUUAAAUUCAGAAUCAAUAAGCAGUGGUGAUAUUUCCCAAACAGAAAAAGAAUGCAAUGAAAGUGAAAAGGAUUGGAGAAGUGAAUUUAAUAUAGAAAAUGUAGGAAAUAAAAAGAGAUAUUCUAAUGAAGAUAAAAUCGUUGAUACCCAACUAAGAGAUGGCAUUCCAAACUAUAAUAUGUUAGAAAAAUCGUUUUAUAAUAAUGCUACUGUUAUAAAAUCUAGUGAGAACCUUAGCCGAUUUCAAUUUGAAUUUUGCGGGAAGAAAGAUGAGAUUAUUCCUCCUGAAAUACUAAAAAGAGAAGAGUCAAUCAAUCAUGUAGCUCUACCAGUGAUAACAGUUACAGAAUUUAGUGGUGAUUAUAGCCCAAAAUCUUUUUUAAAAAAAAUAAUCGUUCCUUCUUUUUCUGGGAAAAACAAUUCAAUUUUCAAAAGAAAAACUGUGAAAUCUGAUGUUUUUGGUAGUAUUAAAAAGUCACCAGAACGUGAAAUACCAAAUUAUAAUGUUCCUAAAAUAGUUGAAGAUACAAAUCGCGUGACAGUCGAACAUUAUAGUAAUAUACUUGAAAAUUAUAACAAAAACGCUUCCAAACCAAAUUCUAAAACUUACUUAGAUUUCGAUCAAUUAAAAAUGGCAGCCAUUGAAGAUGAACCCAUUAUUUUAGAAAUAUCACAAGAAGAACUUAAUAUAAAUAAUGAGGAAAAGGAAGAAAACAGUAUUUUGGAAGAAUAUCAUACUAUAGAUAACGAAAUAGAUACGACAAUUAAUCAACUGAUUCUUUUAGAAAAUCCUCCUAUUAAUAGUAUUUCGUAUUUAAAAUUUUUUGGAAAUAUUUCUUUAAUUUUGUUUGGUUACUGGUUAUAUAUGUGUAAAGAUGAAAGACUAGCUAUACCAGUAUUUGGAUUUUUGCUGACUCGUUUUUUCAAAACACAAAUUUGGGACAGAAUAUAAUACUUUAUUUUUGUAAUAAUUACUUAUUGUAUCAUAUUUUAUAAGUUUUUUUUUAUUUUUAAUAACGUAAAAAAAUCAAUGAAUUCAUGUGGUGUAAUGAUGAAGUUUUGUACGAAUUAAUUAUUCAAGAAUAUAUUCAACAAUUUUU